AAAUUGCUCUUUAGACUUUGGACCAGAGGAAAGACCAUCUCAUUUUAUGGAUGCAUUGCCCAGAGCUAUCUGUUUAUAUGGGAACAGAACUUCUGCUUCUCUCCUUUAUGGCUUUUGAUCGCUAUGUUGCCAUUUGUCACCCUUUGCAGUACACUAUGAUCAUGAGGACAGUUUCCAUAGCUAUUGGCAUAUGGGUUGUAGGAUUGGUCAAUUCCUCUACACAUUCUGGACUUAUAUUGCAGUUGUCUUUUUGUAACUCCAAUGUUAUCAAUCAUUUCUUCUGUGACAUACCUCCAUUGCUGCACCUCUCGUGCUCAGAUAUAACUCUAAAUGAGAUUGUUUUAUCUUCCUCAGAUGUUAUAUUUGGGAUUGGUUGUUGUGGGUUGACUGUAACAUCAUACUUUUUUAUAAUAAGAGCUAUCUUCAGAAUCCGUUCCACUGAAGGGAAGAAGAAAGCAUUUUCUAUUUGCUCCUCACAUUUUAUUGUAGUCAGUAUUUUCUAUUCCUCUGUCAUCUAUACUUACAUCAGGCCCUCUUCAGCCUACUCUCUAGACCAAGACAAACACAUUGCUCUUCUUUAUUCAGUGGUAACUCCUGUGGCUAAUCCAAUCAUAUAUUCACUGAGAAACAAAGAUUUCAAGGAAGGAUUGAGAGCACUCACAAAGACAAUUGGACUUCUCAGUUGA